AUGCUACAUGUGGUUCAAGUAGAUAAUUUAAAUGUACGAUCAUUUCCAAGACGUCAAGAAAGCCAAGGACGGAGGACUGCUGGCUCAGAGAGCAGUUGUCCAACUACACAAGAUGAUGGAAAUAGAUGGAGUUCUCUAGCGUAUACUGCUGAAGAUAUCCCAUGCCUCUCUUAUGUUAUCCCCACGUUAUCUGGGGUGAUUUGUGGGGUAAUAGAAGUUGGGAAAGUUUUUGAUAACAAGUUAGAGUUGAAGAUGAAGGCACACUUGUAUGCAAUGAAGCAGAACUUCGAGUUUGUGGUGAAGAAGUUAGGUACUGAAGUUUGGUAUAUCACUUGCAAGGAUCUUGAUUGUGGGUGGAGAUUGAGGGGGAAGAGAAUUCCUAAAUCUAAUAUAUUCGAGAUAACUCGUUUCACCAACAAACACACCUACUCACUUGACCUCCGACAUAAAGGCCAUCGCCAAGCUGCACCUUGGGUUAUUGCUUGGAGAUGCCGAGAGAAGGCUCUUUCUUAUGUCAGGGGGACACCGGAAGCAUCCUACCAGAAGUUACCAUCGUACCUGUUCAUGCUUCAACAGAAAAAUCCCGGGACGUUGACAGAUUUUGUCACUGAGGAAGAUCGAUUCAAAUAUUGCUUUUUCUCACUCAGAGUUAGUAGAAGAGGGUUUCGUACAUGUCGUCCUGUGUUAUGUGUGGACGACACUUUUUUAAAGACAAAAUACGGUGGGCAGAUGUUAUGUGCAGUCGCGAUGGAUGCAAAUAACCAUCUAUAUCCAGUUGCAUUUGGUAUUGUGGAUAGUGAGAAUCAUGAUUCUUGGAAGUAUUUCAUGUCAAAGCUAAAGGAAGUGAUUGGGGAAGUCGAGGACCUGGCGUUUGUAUCUGACAAGCAUGCAAGUAUUACACAUGCCUUGGAAACUAUUUUCCCCGAUGCCUAUCACGGUGCUUGCUACCACCACAUUAUUAUGAAUGUGGUUGCUAAAUUCAAGACUGAUCAUUGUCAUGUGUUGAUGAGAGAAACUAGCGAGAAGACAACUACAACUCUUGCACCGACCUAUGAGAAAAAUUUGGUGGAUAUGGCUGAGAAAGCUCGAUUCUUGAUUCCUUAUGCAAUAGGGAGGCAUGAGUUCCAUGUGUUAGAUGGUGAGCUGAAUGGUGAAGUCGACCUCUUGGAUAAGACAUGCACAUGUGGCCUGUUUCAGAUUAUUGGUAUCCCAUGUGCUCAUGCACUAUCUGGAUCCCUUAAGCGAGGGGUGAACUUUUAUUCGUUGUGUUCAGAUUACUAUAAAAUUGAGACAUGGAGGUCCUCUUACACAGAAUCUAUAUAUCCUACUGGUAACGAGGAAGAGUAG